UUAUUUAGUAUGCUCUGUUAUGUUAUUAUUUCCUUCGUCAAAAUUUCAUUGAUUUUUAUCAUGCAUAUUUUGUAUUGCCAAUUAUGAGAGAUUACAUGCAUAGAUUAACACAAACUUUCAUUUAUUACCUCUCUUUCUUUCUUUUAUUCGCAUGUUUUUGGUCACUGUGUACAUGACCAUAGAGUGAGAAACAAAUAUUAGAUGAGCUUUAAACUGAUACUAAUGUAUUUUCUGAAUAUAAUCAAGAUGCGCAGAAUUAAUACAGUUCUCUUCUGCAACAAUGUACAGUAAACUGAAAUCAGCUGUGCGAAAUUGAACAUUGACGUCUGAUAUUGCUACAUUGAUGUUUUGAGAGGUUAUCUGGUCACACUACUGUACGUUUUCUGCACAAGAUUAUAAGGAAUAUAAUUGUGGUUAAAAUGGAUAAAUAUUCUCAUAGAAAAGAUUACAGUAAAUCAAAACAAGAUGAUAGAGAUCGCUAUACGUAUAAGGAUAAAAUUUCACGAAAAGAUAGUGACAGUGACUAUGAUAGUCAUUCGAAAAGAUCAAAGUCAAAACAUAAACGCUCUAAAAGUUCCAGUCAAAAGUAUAAAAAGUCUAGACACAGAGACUCUUCAGAGUCACGUGAAUCUCGUAAGAAGUCUUCAAAACAUAAAAGUAGAAGAAGGUCAUCAUCGUCUUCAUCAAAUUCGAGUGAUUCUAGCAGUUCAUCCACAUCUAAUUCUUCGUCAGAUUCUACAAAACUUUUGGAAAAGUUGCAGAAACAACGUCAAAAACAAAUUGAAGAAAGAAAGCGUCAGAAAGAAUUGAUGAAAGCUACAGAAACACCGGAAGAGAAAAGAUUACGGCGUUUAAGGAAAAAGGAAGCUAAAGAACGCAAGAGGAAAGAAAGAAUGGGUUGGGAUAAUGAUUAUUUACAUUACACAAAUACAGAUAAUCCAUUUGGUGAUGGAAAUUUGCUUUCAACGUUUGUAUGGUCCAAGAAACUUGAGAAAGAAGGUUUACUUGGUGUAAGUAGAGAAGAACUAGAAAUUAGAAACAGAUAUAAACAGGAAGAGAAUAAAAGAGAAUUAGAGAAAGUUAAAAAAAGGAGACAAGAAAGAGAAUUAGAAAGACAACAAAGAGAAGAAGAAAUGACAAUGUUACAAAGAGGAAAAGAAGCUGCUCAGUUGGAACAAUGGGCAAGACAGGAAGAUCAAUUUCAUUUAGAACAAGCAAGAUUAAGGUCACGUAUUAGAAUACAAGAUGGUAGAGCAAAACCAAUUGAUCUUCUUGCAAAAUAUAUUAGUGCAGAGGAAGAAGUUGAUGCUGUUGAAAUGCAUGAACCCUAUACUUACUUACGUGGACUACACGUAAAGGAUUUGGAAGAUCUUAUUGAAGAUAUCAAAGUUUAUAAAGAACUAGAACGUGGUAAAAACUUGGAUUAUUGGAACGAUAUUACAGUGAUUGUUGAAGAUGAAUUACACAAAUUACGAAAAUUAGAAAGAUCAGAAUAUGAAGUUGCCGUUGGCCGAAGAGAAGGCAUCCAUGAAUCAGUAGCUAAAGAUGUGACUGCUAUUUUCAAAGGAAAAACAGCAACACAGUUAGAAGCUUUACAAUUACAAAUUGAAGCAAAGAUCACAGGAAAACCUGAAGGUGUUGAUAUAGGAUAUUGGGAAAGUCUUUUAUCUCAAUUGAAAGCGCACAUGGCGAGGGCACGGUUGAGAGAUCGACAUCAAGAAAAUUUACGUAAAAAAUUGGAAGUUUUAAUCGCUGAACAAGGAGUGGCGAGAACUGAAAAUGAACCUGAGAGUUCACAAGCAAAUGCUGAACAACCAGGAAAACAAGAAGAACCACCUACCAAUACCGUUAUAGAGAAAAGUGAAGAUAGCCAGUCAGACGAUGAUCAAGAAACUAGUAAUGCAGCCGACGACCUCUUAUCAGAGUCUUUCUGCGAAUACGAAUCAGGAGGCUAUUCUCCAAAAUAUAUACCUUACUCUCAGUUGGAGCCAGGAACUUUGGUUACUUUAGAGGAAGAUGACAAUAAACGAUUAGAGUAUGCAAGAAAUCAAGUGCUUAGUACUGGUCGAAAAAUUCAGAAUGUAAUGACUGCGGAAGAACAAGCAAUGCACAGAGAAGCGCGAAAGAAUAUGAGUUCUGAUGAAGCACAGUUCAGCGUUGAAUCAUCUUUGGAAGCGCAAAUUUAUUUGUGGUCUGAUAAAUACAGACCAAGGAAACCAAGAUACUUCAAUCGGGUUCACACCGGUUUCGAAUGGAAUAAAUAUAAUCAAACGCAUUACGACAUGGAUAAUCCACCCCCGAAAAUUGUGCAGGGUUACAAAUUCAACAUAUUUUAUCCAGACUUGAUAGAUAAGAACACAACUCCUGAAUACUUUUUGACACCUUGUGCCGAUAACAAAGAUUUUGCAAUUUUACGAUUUCACGCUGGCCCACCCUACGAAGAUAUUGCGUUUAAAAUUGUCAACAGAGAGUGGGAGUAUUCCUAUAAACGUGGAUUUAGGUGUCAAUUUCACAACAACAUUUUUCAAUUAUGGUUCCAUUUCAAACGUUAUCGAUAUCGUCGAUAACUUUUCAAUAUUGUGUAUAUUACAUAUUUAUGUAAAUAGAGUAUACGAGAUUAUUCAAUUUUUAUAAUUGUAUCAAGCAAAAUGUCGUUUCUAACGACAUAUUUAAAUAAAAUGGCGCAAUUUUGUGUGCAAAUGUAUUUAAAUUUACUUUCCACGAGAAAUUUACCCGCAUGUUUCUAAUACAUUGUUACAAAAUUGAAGUUGUUAGGAAAAACUAAUCGACGUUCUACUCGGGGUGAUAACGAUAAACAGAAAGAUGUAUUAUACAAUAACUUUUUUAUCUAUCAUGAUCUAAUAAUCUAUUGGAAAAAUUAUUUCUGAUCUUAAAAUAUUUAUUUGUUUCGUUUGACGCAACGAAAUUGCGAUAUGCUCCCUCAUUUGAAAGCAACGUUGUCUUCGAAAACCUACAUAAAGGAACCGCGGUAUAGUUGUUUAACAAAAGUGUCCUAUCUUUGAAUCAUACAAUUUGAGUUACACCACCACUAUCUUGCAAAGAAGACACACGCUUUUCUCGCGCAGUAUGGCCCGCUCGAUUCCAGUCGUGAUCUGUUCGACCACGUUAAUUCGUAGAGGUUUUCUUUCGUUCAAAAACCAAAUCGUACGCAAA